AUGCGGAGCCGGACGACCGUCCUUCUGGCCGCUCUCGGCCUUCUCAUUUCCGGAAUUGGUAAGUUUUUUGGGAGAAAAAAGCAUACUGUAACUUCUGUUUCGAACGCAUCGUUCAAUACGGUGUUUUACUACACCAUUAUUAGUAGGAUUUCACUCAGUAACAGUAUACCUUUGACAUAUUUUAAAUCAUCCUUUUUUCAGAUGCCGCCCGAUACCAAGUAAUAUCACAUCCGGUGGAUGAUAAUGGAGCCGUCUCCGCCCUAUCCCAACUAAAUUUGGACUGUAAUGGCAAAGCCGAUGGUCUGUAUCCAGCCAGAAGUAACACUUGCCAGACCUUCUUCUUCCACUGUGUUUCCGGCAAAGAACACAAGCAGAAAUGCCCGGCGGGUCUCUUCUAUCAUGAACAAAAUCAAGCGUGCGAGUUCAGAGACAAUGUGCCAGCUUGCAAAGCAAACCCAGCGUAAGUCAGAGCAUUUGAGAUCAAGCGUGAUAUAAGGGGUGGAAUAAAAACUUUUGUUUAGACCUCCUCCAAGACCUGCCCCCACUCCAGCUCCAUUGCCCGUUCCACAACCGCCUCCUGUUCGCGGUCAGCCAAAUGGAGGUGCCCAACCAGGUGGAACAGUCCAUUCUCCAGCCCCGGGACAGCCAGGAGGUCCAGUUCGUGGACAAGCUCCAAGCGCUCCAAUCCAGGGUCAAAAUGCCGCAGGUUCAAUUCAGACCCAACAACCCGAAGGACAAAGCCAACCUGGCCGAUCCGUUCAAUCCAGAGCUCAAAGCCAACCAGUACAACCAGUCCUUGUCCAACAGCCAAAACAAGAUACCAGGCCAAUCCAAGUCCAACAACCCAAGGUAGAAAUCCAAUUGGGCCCUGGUCCAGUCCAAAUUCCUAAGGGUCCAAUUAUUAUUGGCCCAAACAUCCCGGUCCGCCCACCAUCCCCGCCAACACCUCCAAACGGCCAAGACCAGCCUUUGCCUAUCCAACCUGGAGGCCCAAUCAUUACUGAUCAGCCACCUUCUGCUCCUCCGCAAUCUUACCAAGGAAUCAAUGGCUAUGGAAAGUAUGGUCCGGUUCAGCAACCGGAAGGACCAGUGCCACCACCAAAUAAGCCUGGGCAGACUUAUCAAGGAGUCGGCGGAUAUGGAAAUCACAAAGGAUCCAGUCAAAAUCAAUGGGGAGGAUCGGUGAAUCAACAAGGGGGAAAUGGAGCCCAAUGGCCUUCAGCCUCGAGCUACCAAAGUCCUUCUCCAAACUACCCCAGCUCCGCUUCAGCUUACCCAAGCCCCGCUCCAGCCUAUCAAAACCAAGGCUAUCAAUCCUCCGGCUAUGGGCAGCAAGGGGCUUAUCCAAGUCCUUCUUCUCCAUCUCCCGCGUAUCCAGGAUCCCCAGCCUACAAAGCUCCCCUACCAAGUUAUCCAGCGCCGUCUUACGGGCAUGGUCAGUCUGCUCCAAGCUACUCAGGAUAUCCAUCGCCGUCUUAUCCAUCAGCUUCUUACCCAAGCCCAGCUUAUCAGCCAGCCCGUCCCUCUUAUCCCAGCCCAAGUUACCCCGCUCCGAACCCAGCGUAUCCCGCUCCUUCCUAUGGCCAGCCAGCUCCCACAGGAACUUAUCCAGCGCCCCAAUACGGAUCCAGUUAUCCAUCCGCUCCAGCUUAUCCCAGUCCAAGUUACCCUGCUUCGAAUCCAGGAUAUUCCGCUCCAUCUUAUGGUCAGCCCGCUCCGACGGCAGCUCCCCAAUAUGGAUCUAGUUAUCCAUCAGCUCCAGCUUAUCCGAGUCCAGGAUACCCGGCUCCAAAUCCAGGAUAUCCCGCUCCAUCUUAUGGCCAGCCAGCUCCCCAAUACGGACCUAGCUACCCAUCAACUCCAGCUUAUCCCAGUCCAAGUUAUCCUGCUCCUGGAUAUGGCUCUCAAUCUUACGGUAACCAAGGAUAUCCUGGUUCGCAAUAUCCAGCUUCGCCUCAAGGAUAUGGCCAACAAAGCUAUGGCGGAUACCCAGACUUUGAUGAUGAUGAGGAAGAAAAUUAUCCACCGGGUUAUGGUCGAUACGCCGGAUAUGGAGAACAUCACAAUGGAUAUGGAUAUAACGAAGAAUCCGAAUCGGGUGAAACCUUCAACUUCGAAGGUUACUCUCAACCAAUUGGGUAUGGCAACGCGGGUUACGGUAGCAGCUAUGGACAAGUUCCUAGUGUGCCCCGAGGCUAUGGAGGAGAGAUUCACGGAGUCAACAACGAAGAUCUCUAUUUAAGUGGGGAUAAAAAAAGUAAGAGCUGGUGACACUACAAUCUAAUACACAUCGUAUUUAGAGAGUGAAAAAAAAGAUCAAGAGGUGAAAACGGAUAAAGCGGAAGGAGCGAAAAAGGAAGGAGAGAAAGAGGAAGAAGUGGAGGGUUCUGGCACCGAAGCCGACGAACCCGUUGUAGUCCCCAGAGUCAAAAGACAAGACAGACCAGUCUUGAGGCCGGAAGGUAAGCUACUAAAAGGUUUUAUACGCAUUGUUAUUUCAAGUCAAACUACAAUAUUAAAUGUUAUCUUAGACAUGCACGAUCUAGAUACCGUGUUAUCAUACCACACUCCUCCUCCUCCUCGCCCAUGCAUACUAGGUUACCCUCCAAGUUAUCCAUGUGUAGAUUAUGUAGAUGAGUACAUUAUCGAGAAACGUGAUGUUCAUUCGAACGGCAGCCCCCGAAUCCACGAGCAAGUUGUUCCACCAAGUCCGUAUGGAAGAGCUGGACAGGCUGUUUACCCUCAGGGGCAGAUCCAAUUCCCUCCAACGAGAAAUGGAAGACCUGAGAAACCAGCACCUCCACCGUAUGUUUAAGACCUUUUUGAUCAGUUUUGGAACUGGAAUAGCCCGGAAAUCUUAUAAAUGGCUGGUCAAAGAGUUGCAACGGUAGUCAAAUAAUCGAAACGAAUAGGAAACUGGGUUGGAUUUGCACAAGUAUUCGCCUAGCAGAUUAAACAACCAAUCCAGGCCUUUAACUAUCCGUGUAUAAGAUUCCGACGCUUUGACUACCCCUUUCGAUUAUUUUACGACCAAUCCAGUUGUUUUUCUAGUAAUUUAUAAGGCUUUUGGGUGGCCAAAUUCGUAAUUAUCACUUUUCAAUGCCUCUGCUAUGAAAUAUUAUACUUUAGCCCAAACAGCUGGAGUCAGGUCGGCCGAUCCUUGGAGCCACCUCCUCAAAGCCCCGAAUACACGGUCCCCGGUCCCUUACCAAACAAAGGUCCCGCCGAGCAAAGGACGUUCCCCCGGGCCUAUGAGAUAAAUGUCCAAUAA